AUGACGACCCUCACCGUGGUGCUCCUCGCGGCCCUCCAAGGCGGUCUCGCCGCCGCCGAGGUCGUCGAGAAGCUGUCAACACACGCGCGCCCGCCGACUCCUCCUCCAGGCAGUAACCCACUGGUGUCGCUCGCCAGUGCCCUCGUAGCCGCCACCCUCUACAUCCUCCAGCUCGUCCAGAGCGCCGUGGCCUUUGUCACCAUUACCAUUCCUACGUUAGCUGGAAAACCCGUGUCGGGUGUGGUGGGGGCCAUCUUCUUCGUUGUUCGCUACAGGUACCUCACUCGAUACACUCAGCUCAAGGAAGACGCCCUCCCUCCCCCUUCCCCUCCCACUCUCUCCAACUCGUUGCCCCUCAUUGGCGACGAGGUUCUCAAUGACCUCUCCAACAGCUCGGCCAAUCCACUCAAGUCGUACCUCGACGACUUUCUCUCUGCCAUCCGCAUCUUUGGAUACCUCGAGAAACCCGUCUUCCAUGAGCUCAGCCGCCACCUCCAGACCCGCCGUCUCGCGGCUGGGGACACUAUGGAGAUUGGCGGUGGCGAGUUCUGGUGUGUCGUCGAGGGCCGUGUCCAGGUGUUUGCCCCCACCUCGGAUGGCGGCGUCCCCAGCUCUCCCGACCCGUUCACCCACAGCUCGUCUUCAUUCAAUGGUUACACCCUGAUUAACGAAGUCUCCACUGGCGGAACGCUCUCGUCGCUCUUCUCCAUUUUGUCGCUCUUCACCGAGGACAUCAAACUGCCGUGGGCUACGCCGUCGGAAGACGUCAGCGGUACCAGCAGUCCACACACUGGAGGACGUGCGUCUCGAGCCGACUCUGAUGUCAGCCAGUUGGACGGUCGCACCAUGGGCCUGAGCCUCAGCCCGGUAGAGGUUUCACCCACUGAUCUGGAACCAUCUGCCGACCCCGAUGCCUCACGUCUGAGGCGUUACUCCUCCGUCAGCACCGCCGACGGCACUGCCCGGGCUUCCUCGUGGUCUCCAGAGCCAGAGAACCCUUCUCCCAAGAUGUUCCGUGACGUCUCAUCGUCCGAGCCGGUCACUACUCAAUCCUCGCCAUCAAUGGAUGCCACACCUGCGCCAAAGUCGACGCUCCGCCCCAGCAACUUGUCCCAUCACCCUACACCUCCUGUGACGCCAAACUUUGUGGACGACGCCAUGAAGGGCACCAUUGCUCGUGCGACGGUGGAUAGCACACUCGCGGUCAUUCCGGCCGAAGCGUUCCGCAAGCUCACCCGCAAGUACCCCAAAGCAACCGGUUCCAUCGUCCAGGUCGUACUCGAGCGGUUCAGCCGUGUCACAUUCAUGGCCGCCCACAAGUUCCUCGGACUCACUCGCGAGAUUCUGCGCUCCGAGGCAGCUCUGAACCAGCUCGUGUCGUACCCGCUACCCCGCUCGUUCUACUCUGGUGGAGGCAUGCAGCACCUCCGCGAGCGGUUCCAACCUGAACUGCGGCGCCGUCGCCCAGAGAGCGUCUCCAGACGCACCAUGUCAAAGGAGUUCUUGGACACGGUGCCUCCUAGUCCAACGGUCAAGGCGCCGUCGCUCCCCUCCGUCACUCCCAGGUCGGCCAACACGCCCGCUGUCAAGCCCAUUCCUCUCAUGAUCCCCAAAGACGAUUCUACUGUUGCGUCCGACUCGGAAGACACCGCCGCCGAGGAGAUGCUAUCGGUAAGCCCGCUGAACCACCACCACCCUAGCACCUUGAUCCACCGCAACUCGCAGAUGCGCAAAGAGGUGGCUGCUGGUGACCUGGCCUUGACCGCCGACGAAACCGCUCCUGUCAAUGACACGUUUUACCGGUCUCCCAACACGCCAGGCCUGCCCCGCAUGGACACUUGGCGUGGCCGCUUGUCCUCAACAGAUCACCUCGGCUUUGACUCGGACGAGGAGGACGAGACUGAGCUCCGUGAUGCCCUCGUCGAGUGCAUUGCCAAGUCGGUUGGUCUCCUGCAGGACGCGCACCACGUCGACGCACACGGCCGUCGCUCUGUCUCGGCUUCUGUGUCGCUAUCCACUCCCAACUCGCCCAUGCUCUUCCCAAAUGGUCGUCCGCACACCAGCAACGGAAGGCCGCCAUUCGGCAACGUCCUCGAUAUGAUGAAUGCUUCGGGAGCUCACAACCACAACAACAUUGGUGGUCUUCUGCGCGAGAGUCUCUUGAAUGCCGGUGUAACGGACACGGACGACCAGAGCAGCGUCUCUGCCAGCAUGCAGGACAGCUUUGGGGGCGCUCCAGACGUGAAUGCCAAGAUCCUCCGCGACCUCGGCACCCACCUCGAGAUCCUCCACUUUAAGAAGGGUGCAACGCUGGCCAAGCAGGGCGACCGUGCUUCGGGUCUAUACUAUGUCAUUGACGGCUUCCUAGACGUUUCCAUCCCCGUCCGUACUGCCGAGGACGAGGACGACAAUGAGUCAAGCAACCUGCCCGCGGUCGACCGCUCAUCGCAUGACCGUCCAUUCGGCCUCGCAAUGGGCCAUGUACCGCAGAAGCCUGGAGACUCGAGCUCACCGGAUGAGGAGCAGCUCUACACAGUCAAGACCGACUGUUUUGUCGGUUUCCUCCCCCAGCACGCGCUGGAUCGUAUUACCGAGCGUCGGCCACUCGUCCAGCUUACGCUUGCCAAGCGUCUCCUGUCUCUUCUUUCGCCUCAAGUUCUUCACAUUGAUGCCGGUCUUGACUGGAUCCAGCUAGGUGCAGGAGAGAUUCUGUACGAGAAGGGAGACAAGGCAACCGAUUUCUAUCUCGUCAUCAACGGCCGUCUUCGUGCGGUGAGCCCGAAGAAGGACAGGGAGGGCGUCGACGUACAUCGCGAGUACGGUCAAAACGACUCCAUCGGAGAACUGGACGUCAUCACGGGUGCCGUCCGUCCCAAAACUGUGCAGGCUAUCCGCCAGACCGAACUCGUCCGUAUCCCGGCUGCGCUCUUCGACGCCAUCAGUGCCCGCCACCCUGCCACGACGCUGCAGUUUAUGCGUCUCAUCGCCAGGAGGGUCCGCAAGGCUGUUGGGGAGCAGAGUGUCCAGCACUGGAGUCCGUCUCAGGAGCUUCGCGCCGACAGGAACUUGAAAACGGUCUGUAUUAUCGGCACCAACCGUAGCGUCCCGGUGGCCAAGUUUGCGGGCAAACUGAAAACUUCGCUCGAGGAAAUUGGCGGUGCCACUUCAUACCUCGACCAGGCAACUGUGAUGCGUCACCUCGGACGCCAUGCUUUCACCAGGAUGGGAGCUCUUAAGAUUGCAGGCUGGCUUGCCGACCAGGAGCAACACCACCGUAUUGUUCUCUACGUCGCCGACACGCCGGUUGCGAGCCAGUGGACCAUGACUUGUAUCCGCCAGGCGGAUCUCGUACUGGUUGUCGGGAUGGGUGAUGACCCAUCCCUGGGCGAAUACGAAAAGCUCCUCAUGGCCAUGAAGUGCUAUGCGCGUAAAGAACUCAUCCUCCUCCAUGACGAACGCACAGUUGCUCCAGGAUCGACACGUCUGUGGCUCAAGGCUCAUUACCACGUCGAGCUCCCCGGCGUCGUCUCCACAAACCAAGCACGCAAGAACCACGACCCUUCGGCCGUUGCUGCGUUCAAGCACCUCCGCGAACAGGUCGAGACCAAGAUUAAGCAAUACCGUGGCCUCCGUCCUCUCGGUCGCCCACGGCGCCCACCGCACAUGGACGACUUUGCCCGUAUCGCUCGUCGCUUGUGCGGCAAGCAAGUGGGUCUUGUCCUCGGUGGCGGUGGAGCGCGCGGUAUUUCGCACUUGGGCAUGCUCCAGGCGCUCGAAGAGGCUGGUAUCCCCGUGGACGGCAUCUCGGGCUGCUCGAUCGGUUCCAUGAUUGGCGGUCUUUACUCGCGCAACACGGAUAUCAUCCAGGCGACGGGUCGCGCCAAGCAGUUUGCUGGUCGUAUGGGCUCGAUGCUCCGCAUCCUCAGCGACGUCACAUACCCCUUCGUUGCGUACACGACUGGUCACGAAUUUAACCGCGGUAUUUACAAGGCAUUCUACAAUACCCACAUAGAAGAUUUCUGGAUUCCGUUCUUCUGCAACUCGACCAACAUUACGCAUUCCCGCAUGGAUAUCCACCGUUCAGGUUAUGCCUGGCGCUACGUCCGAGCUUCCAUGACGCUGGCCGGGUUCCUCCCUCCGCUCUCUGACAAUGGCAACCUGCUCGUCGACGGCGGCUAUAUGGACAACACGCCCAUCGGGCCGCUCCGCGCCUCUGGCAUUCGCGACAUUAUCGUCGUGGACGUUGGCUCGAUCGACGACACGUCUCCGCGCAACUAUGGCGACUCGGUCUCGGGCUGGUGGCUCUUCUUCCAGCGCUUCAACCCGUUCUUCAAGGGCGCCGUCCCGUCCAUGACGGAGAUUUCGUCUCGUCUCACCUACGUCUCGUCGGUCAAGACGCUCGAAGACGUCAAGGAAGACCCGUACUGCCGGUACAUGACCAUGCCCGUGCAGCAGUUUGAGACGAUUGGAGGAUUCAAAAAGUUUACCGAGGUGCGCGAGAUUGGCCUCGAGGCGGCCCGUAAGCAGCUCAAAAUGUGGGCUGCUGAGGGUCGUCUUCCGCGCGGCUACGUCGACGACAGCAAGAGUGUCAUGGCAACCAAGAGGAACACGCGUAUCCGCCGCUCGUCCAUUUGA